ACAUACACACAGAAAGAGAGAGAGAGAGGCGAUGAAGGCUGGCUGCGGCUUCGCGCCGGGAUCGCCUCCCCGGGACGGCUCGGGCUCUGCCUGGAGGAGCCCCUUGGUUUGGGGGCUCCUGUGCCUGGCGCUGUGGUGGUGGCAGGUCUCCGGGAUGGCCACUCCGGACCAGGUGAAACCUCGUAUCGUCAUGGAGCAAUUGCUCUGGGUCAGUGGCGGCGCAAUCGGGGAGGUAAACACGUUCAGGAUACCUCUCAUCACAGCGACACCAUACGGCACCCUUUUGGCCUUUUCAGAAGCCAGGAAGACUUCGGCUUCUGACAGUGGGGCUAAAUUCAUAGCCCUUCGCAGAUCAGUAGACAAAGGUGCUAACUGGAGCCCAACUUCAUUCAUAGUUGAUGACGGUUCCCUCACAGACGGCCUCAACCUUGGAGCUGUGGUGAUAGAUUGGGAAAAGGACACGGUGUUCUUGAUAUAUACCCUCUGUGCACACUACCGCGGAUGUUCCACCGCCAGCGUCAUGAUCAUUCGCAGCUUGGAUGAUGGCGUCACGUGGAGCCGUCCCCGGAAUCUCUCUGAGGAAGUUGGCACCACUAUGUUUGCCCCUGGACCGGGCUACGGCAUCCAGAAACGCUACGAGCCCAAGAAGGGACGCUUGAUUGUUUGUGGUCAUGGGACUUUAGAGCUGGACGGGAUCUCCUGCCUCCUCAGCGAUGACCACGGCAUGACGUGGUAUUACGGGAGACAGCCCUUGCAUGGCAUCCCUUACGGACUGCAGAAGAAUUACAGUGACUUUAAUCCUGACGAAUGCCAGCCCUAUGAGCUGCCAGAUGGUUCUGUGGUGGUGAACGCCCGGAAUGAGAAUUUCUACCAUUGCCGAUGUCGCAUAGUGGUUCGCAGUUACGACGGUUGCGAUACCCUUCCGUUGGAGAACGUGAGAUUUGAUGAGGGUUUAGUAGAUCCCGCAGUGGCCGCAGGAGCUCUUGUCAAAUCCGGUCUGGUUUUCUUCACCAAUCCAGCCCAUCGUCAGCUGCGGGUCAACCUGACGCUACGCUGGAGUUUCACCAACGGGUCUUCUUGGUGGAAAGAACCCUUGAUGAUCUGGAGGGGUUCCAGUGGCUAUUCCUCCAUGACCACCCUGGAGGGAAAUUCUCCGGGGGACGACCACUGCCUCUUUAUCAUUUAUGAGAAGGGCGAGGUUGAAUAUACAGAAAGUAUCUCCGUGGCCAAGAUCAGCCUCAACGGGCAGCUCUGACCCUCCUUUCCGGGGCAUCUUAAACUUUCUCAAAGUUUGUCAUGGCAGGGAAAGGAAAAUGUGUGCUUGGACUGGGGAGAAACCAAACGAACUGGUGUUUUGGGGAUCUAAAGAAUGCAAUUGAAGGAGAUGGGUAGAGAGUUUGGGCAUAUCCCAGCAGAAGUUGGGGCGGCUAAAGAGGACCACAUAUUUAUUUUCCAAUCAAGCCCUCCACUUCUCUUUGUGCCUGCCUAAUGGGCAACACCCCGCUCCCCCGAACCUCUCUUAUUAUUUCUUUCUAACCUUCCGAGGUUGAAUCUGUUUUCCUGUGCUUUUCCUCACAUUUAUGAAUGUGUAUAGAUUUAUAGAAAUUGUGGGUAGAUUGGGUAGGGAUGGGUGAGAUCCCCGGAACGAAACACAAAGGCAGACUCGGAUCAGAUUUGUGAAGGAUAAAUUUAUGCACUUUCGACUGACUUUCUGAACAAUAAAAUGGAAUCAAGAGCAGAAGAUGUCACUUGCUGGACCCGAAAAAAAACCCCCUAAAACCUAUGUUGACGCACCCGAGGGUUCGCUAGCAAGGGUGUGCGAGAAGAACAAGCCAGUUUUUCUUCUGCGUUGCCAACAUCUGUGAUUUCAAAUGAAUGUAUUUAAAACCUGUUUCUCCAUUUUUCUGAUGGGACAAGUUGCCUGUACGGCUUAUAAAAACGUUGGACCAUUAAUUUUAAGAGCACAAAAGAAAAAAAAGGGGGGGCACAAAGGGAAACAAAUGGGACAGUUUUGAGGUAAAAAUAUUUAUGGAGGUUCUCGGUCGUCCAAGUCAUGGUUGUCCCAAAGGUGCUUUUUUCAAGAGGCGACAACUAGACUUUGUUCUUCCUUGAAGAUGUUUUGUUUCUCAUCCAAGAAGCUUCUUCAGUUCUGACUGAAGUUCAGAACUGAAGAAGCUUCCUGGAUGAGAAUCAAAAGCCUCUUGAAAAAGCACCUUUGGGUUAAAAAAAUAUUCUUCAUUGAAAUGACCUCUCUGCAUCUGCUAUUUCUCUGCUGACAGAUUGCAGGAGUGCAAAAUCCAUGGGCUCUAUUGAGACCACCCACCCCCCCGCCCCCCAAAAAAUCCUUCGUUUUUACUCCUCCUGUACUUUAAGAUCAACAAAAUGGCUGCAUUUUGGUGGCCUGUAUUUUAAGAAUGAAUUGUGGGUGGUUUGUAGCCCAUAGAUUUCUUAUUCUAAAAUUUCUGUUUUAUUUCUAUUCUAAUUCUAAUUCUAUUCUAUUCUAUUCUAUUCUAUUCUAUUCUAAUUCUAAUUCUAUUCUAUUCUAUUCUAUUCUAUUCUAUUCUAUUCUUCAUUUCUGUUCUGAAAAUUCCAGCUUUAAGUAUGCCAAUCUAAAGCUGCUAAGCUUGAGAAAUGCUGCUGUAACCAGUUGGAGUGCUUACCCUGGUUUAUAUUUUAAUGAUGAAUUUUCAUUUAUGUGUUUUUUUCUUUAUGCCAUGAAGUUGUGGCCCCUUUGGGCUAGUUUAGUGGAUAAUCUGCAUACAUUUUUGCUUCUUUUCACACAUUUCUUUGUGAGUCGAUUUUUAGAACUUAGGCCUUCAAUUAUCUGAUGUCCUCUAUAAAGUCCAUAUUGUGACUGUGUGUGAAUCAGUUUAGUUGUCUAGGGAAUUAUUUUUCCACCUUUCCUCUAAUGUGCAAUCUUGUUAAAGGGGCCAAUUUUGGGGAAAUUAUUAUUUUUUAAUUAUUGGUGUGACAGUUAUUUUAUUUUCAACAUUUUUUUUAAAUUGAUUGAUUAUAAAACAUCAAGUCCUUUUUGACGUGGGUUUUAGGAGUCGAAAACAACUAGAACAGCAGAUAAUCAGUCAAGCUGGUGUCCCUUGGUUCUGAUACCUUGGUUCCAGUCUCCAAAUUCUUUUCAUCGUUUAAAAGAAGACAAGCAGGUAAUUCCACCAGAACCCCCCAUACAAAAGUGGAUGCAGUUAAUAAAGCUUCAAAGCUCACCUUGAGCUCCAGGCAACAGUCAGGUAGCAUAAUUGACAUCAUGAAGCUAAUUCUUGGAAAAAGAAAAGAGAUCUGAGCUCAAGGGCAUGAUGUACGCUAUAGAUUUUACACACGCUCACCAGAAGCGUCAUGGAAUAAAGCUUUAGUAGCUGUUAAUUCGAGUACGGCUUUUUUUUUUUUAAUUUUGAACACAACAGUUUUAAGUGAUGGGUGCUGAUAGAAAAACUACAAGUUACAGGUUGGGAAUGGCUUAUUUUGAUCCAGGGUGUGCUAACCUUUAUUUAAUUAUUUAUGGGCUCUGAUUUUUACACCACCAGGUCCUAGGAGGGCUCGAGCCACGACCAAUAAAAGCAAAUCCUUGCAAAAUGUCCUCCAAAAUGUCCUCCAAAGAAACUACAAGACAUAAUAAAUUGCCUUAAGGAAGAAAAACUCAAAAAGGAGAGAGGAAGGAACUGUUAUUUCUAUCGUAACAGUUUUAUUUAUUUAUUUUAAUCUUGAUUUUUAUGUGGUUUGUCUUUUCAAUCUUGAGUUUUAUGAGGAGUGCCUUUAUCCAGACGUUGGAAGUAAACUCUCUUCAGUUACUGGAAGAUUACUAAAUAUGUAAAAUAAAAGAUGAAUGAAAUUGAUGAAAUGUGAUUCCUUUUGUUAAAUAAGCAGAGGUUUAUCUAAGAUUUCAGCUUCUUGAGCCAUAACUUAUAUUGUAUGUAUUUGUUUGUGUACAAACUUCCCCACACCCUUGGGGAAAUUAAUUAAAAGGCUUAGUAUUUAUUUUUUAAACUAUUUUAUUGCUGACUGGGAGGGCCUUACAGACUUUUUGGUGAAAUGGGAAAAAAUGAACAUUCCUUAUGGUUUGGAUGAUUAGGAAAGAUAGAUCAUAGAAAGAAGUAAGUUUGUUUUGUUGGAUAGCCGUUUGUCUGAAAUGGUGUAGAGUUUCCUGCCUGGGCAGGGGGUUGGACUAGAAGACCUCCAAGGUCCCUUCCAACUCUGUUAUUAUGUUAUGUUAUGUUUUUGUAACCAUAAAGUAUGAGGUAAUUUUGUAUGUGUUAUAAUAAUUGUAAAGAAAAUUGGAAACUACUUUUAUGUUUUUUUUCUUUCUUUACUUUUGGAUUUUUCUCUGUUCUUUUUCCUUUUUUCAUUUUACUUCACAUUAGUUCUUGUUAGUUUUUAUCCUCUGUUUAAAAUAGCUAAUUAAAAAAAUAAUAAUGUGUAUUUUUUUAAAGUGUGAGUGCAUCAUUCCCACUUGGGUGGAAACUAAUUGAGGAGACAAGCAACCUAGAACUAAGGAGAAAUUUCCUGACAGAACAAUUAAUCAGUGGAACAACAUGGCGCCAGAAGUUGUGAAUGCUCCAACACUGGAAGCUUUUAAGAAGAUAUUGGACAACCAUUUGUCUAAAUGGUGUAGGGUUUCCUGUGUGAGCAAGGGGUUGGAGUAGAAGACCUCCAAGGUCCCUUCCAACUCUGUUGUUCUACUCCUACUCUACUCUACUCUAUUCUAAACUUCAGCCUAUUUCAGGAUACAGGCACCUGAGCCUUAAUCACCUCCCAUCUUGAUUACAACAAUGCAUUCAUAUUGGGCUGCGCUUAAAAAGUAUCCAGAAGCUUCAAUUGGUUCAAAAUGCAGUGGCCCUCAUGGUUGUGUGCAAGCUUAGAUUUGCACAUGUGUCACCACUUUUGAGGGAGCUACAUUGGCUGCUGAUUUGUCUCUGGUCCAAUUCAAGGUGCUGGUUGUCACCUUUAAAGCCCUACCCAAGUUAUUUGAAAAACCAUCUUUUCCCAAAUAUACCUGACCCACCAGACUGGAGAGAGGAUAUGUUACUUUUCCCCUUUCUUAAGGAGGUUCAUUGGUAAGAUAAAAAAAAAGGGCCUUCUCUGUGGUAGCCCCUUCCCUGUAGAACAGGGGUCUGCAAACUUGGCUCUUUUAAGACUUGUGGCUGAGGAACUCUGGGAGUUGAAGUCCAAAAGUCUUCAAAGAGCCAAGUUUGCAGACCCCUGCUGUAGAACAUCAUCACUCCAGAAUGUCCCAAAGGUGAUUUUUCAAGAGGCAACUGGACUUUCUUGUGUUUCCUUGAAGAUGUUUUGCUUCUCAUCCAAGAAGCUUCUUCAGCUGCGACUGGAUGGUGGAGAAUGGAAGGAUUUAUAUUCCUUGUGGACAGCUGGUCAUUUUCAUUCUUUAAGAGAGUCGUUGAGGCUACUUGGAAGUUUAACUGUAUCCUCAGGGUCACCUGAGUAGUGCAAAUGGGUGUGGAGCCUUCUUGGAACUGCUGAAAGGACUG